AUGGCAAGGCAGUUACAAGUUUGGUCAAUCAGCAACGAGGGGAUACGGUGUGAACAAGCUCAUGAAAUUAAGGAUCAUGUUAACAACCUCGUAGUUUCAGAAAGCCUCUCGUGCUUCAUUCCACAAGGAACUGGCAUCAAGGUGCAUUCGUGGGGUGGAGAGUUCAAAUUGCUAAACCAAGCAAAACACGCUAGAUGCUUGGCUCUUGCCAAAUCGAAACUGUAUUGUGGUUGUCGGGAUAACAGCAUUCAGGAAAUUGAUAUGAACGCGGGAACAGUUUUCUCGAUCCAAAGUGGCUCUCGAAAAUUGUUGGUAAAAGCUAGUCCUGUCAAUGCACUACAGCUCCAUGAUGGACUGUUAUACUCUGCUGGUUCUUCCUUGGAUGGAACAUCUGUCAAGAUAUGGGACACUUGGAAUCACUCCAUGAUAGCAUCACUGCCCUCGACAAUGGAUGUUCAAGUAACUGAAGAAGAGGAAGGGGGCUAUGAAGAGGCUGCUGAAGAGGGGGAAUGGGGCUAUGAAGAGGAGGAGUGUGAUCAGGAAGAAACACAAGAGCUUUCAAUGGAGUUGGAAUAUUUGGAACUAAGGCGAUAA